GCGGAGCGGCGGCCAGCGGGCGGGGCCGCGGGAGAGGGGGGUCGGGUCGCUCCUGUGUGCGCCGGCCCGGCAGCCGGAGCCCCGUUAUCUCAUUGAUAUUCCGCCCGGGUGGGGGAGAGGGGGAGCGGCGAGGGACAUUGUCUGGGAGAGAGAGGGAGGAGGGGACGGCUGAGCUCCGAGGCGCUGGGACUCCGAGAGGAAGCCGUAUCGCCGCCUGGAGAAAGGAGUCGGGAGACUGGAGACCGGGCUCGGCGCUGUGUGGUUUCGGAUGAUGGGCAGGGAAACGCCGGCGGGACGGCCUGCGCGCUGGCGGAGAGACCCCUGAGGGGAUCCGGGUUCGCGGCCGCCAGUCUCACUCGCUCCCCCCGACCGGGCAGACCGAGAGGCCGACCAACACAGCAGCACGAAACAGGAGGACCUCGCCGUGUCCUGUGCCCCUGACGCGCUACACGCACGCUGCUGGAGGAGAUCACAGCAGAGACACGGGUUCGGGUUUGGGGUGACAGGAACUCGGGGUCCCUGCGGAAGUCAGGCAGCCAUGUCUCGCUCGGACGAGGUGAACAAGAUGACGGAAAAUGUUUACAAGGUGAUCCUGGAGCAGUUCAAUCCCAGCCUGAAGAACUUCGUCUCCAUGGGGAAGCAGUAUGAGAAGGCGCUGACAGGGGUCACCGCUGCCGCCAAGGGCUACUUCGACACACUGGUCAAGCUGGGGGAGCUGGCCAGCGACAGCCAGGGGUCGAAAGAGCUGGGUAAGAGGGGUACUGACCAGGCUCUCCCUGCUGGGCUCCAGAGGGCCGUGAGCUGGGUGAGAGUGCCCCCUGAUGGGCUCCAGUGGGCUGGCAGUGACCUGCAGGGUGAUGUGGCUGCUGGCCAGCUAAGCUCUCCAGAUCCUGCCUGCAUCCCCCUGGUCCCUCUGACGCCCCUGAGCCUCUCCUUUGGGAGCACAGCCUGUCCUCUCUGGACAGUCAGGUCUGCCUGUGUCCAAUUUCUCUGGCCAGGCUGUGAUCACUCAGCCUGUCCUCUCUGGACUGUCCAGUUCGUAGAGCUGAUGAGCCGCCGGCAGGGGGAGCUGGACACGCUGGUUGCCGUGGGUUAUCGCUCGGCGCUGACGGAAGAACGGCGCCGUUACUGCUUCCUGGUGGACCGGCAGUGUGCUGUGACCAAGCUGCUGAUUGGCUACCACUGCAGGGUGAGGGAGCUGUUGUCUCAGAAACUGUCGUCGUGGCAGCAGUCCUGUGCCCAGCCCACCCGUCUGCCAGAGAGGGCACUCAACCUGGUUCGACAGACAGCACCCUCCCCCGGGGCUGCUGGGAUAGCAGAGGUCCUCCGUGCCGCCAAGCUGGGUGCCAGCGCAACCCUGGAGCAGAGGCUCUCUGUCCAGGAGGUCCCGCCUCUCCUCAAUGGAGACGCUCAGUUUCGGUCCCGCGCCCCGCCGAGCGCUCAGAAAGAGUCUUCCAAGCAUUCACCAGCCCAGACCGCCCGCCCUCACACCCAACAAGCCCAUCACGGGCCCCAGCUCGGCAACCACAGCUUGACCACUUCACAGCAGCCUCCUCUCCCUUCAUCCGCCCACAGUGUGUCACUCUCCCACAAUCCCCCCGUUUCCUCUUCCUCAUCUGUCAGCCAGAGUCCUCCACCAGCCCACAGUUCCCUGCAGGGCCCACCUGUGCCCCAGAGUGCCCCGCAGAGUCCUCCGCAGUCCCACAGUGCCCCGAUGUCUCGUGCACUCACCCCACUGCCUCCCCCAGAAGGCACCGGUAGUCCUCCUCCUUCCCACAGUCCCCUGCCACCCUCCCGCCCAUCGGAGCUGUACUCCACCGCCACCCUGCCGUUGCCACGGAGACCAGUCAGCGAGGCGCGCCUGGGAUUCCUGGGGAGCACUCUGCCCCGCGUGCUGCCCCUGUCCGCACCCGCGCGCGUGGAGGCGCUGUUCCCCCACUCGCCUCAGGGGGGCGCCGGCGAGGCCGCCGCCGGGGGGGCCUGUCUGCUGCACUUCCUGGCCGGAGACACGCUGACCCUACUCAUCUCUGAGCCCCGCGAGGGCUGGCACUACGGGCAGAACGAGAGGACUGGCCGGAAAGGCUGGUUUCCUUUCUCGUACACUCAGCCCUGCGAGAAUUCACCUGAUCAGCCCGACACCAGCUCUCCUCCUCUCUCCAAGCUCAGCAGCACCAGUACCGGCAGCCUGCACACGCUGGGCUUGGGUCCGAGCCGCUGGGCCGCUGAGCCGGGCGAUGAGCGCUGCCCUGUGAGCUCCUUCCACCCCCGACCCCGGCCCUGCAGCAUGGUGAACCCCGACACCUGCACGGUCAGACACCCCUCUCUCUCUCAGUGCAGUGUUCAUGUACUGGAGUGUCCAGUCAGUUGCCUGACGCCUUCCUGCUCCCUCUCUCCCAGGACCAACCCCUUCGCUCACGUCCGGCUCCGGAAAACAGUGACCAACGACCGCUCAGCCCCGCUGAUCCAGUAGGAAUCUGGACCGGGACUGGACCAGGACCGGCCCUGCUCGGCCAGAGGUCACUGUCUGAUGAGACCGAGCAAUCUCCCCAGAACUGUGGAGAAACUUUGCACUGGUCUGAGGAACAGAGUGAGUCUGUUCUUUAAAACAGCCAGAUCACCCUGUACUACACUGCACUACACUACACUGCACUACACUACAC